AAGUACGGUGUUCCCCAGGGGUGUAGAGUAUCACUGGUGUCUUGAUACUUCACAAAAUGUCAGACAAAGGAGUUUGCAAAGUCAUUGCCUUUUUAUGUCCGGAGGUGCAAUUCCUAUUAACACAACAAGGAAAACAUACACUCAAAUUGCUGUCUGUCAGGGAAUAAUACAUUUCUAUGCCAGAUAAAUGAAAUGUUGGAACAUGUUCAGUGUGCUUGAGUGCUGUCAUCAUCUAAUCUGAGAAACAUUAAUUUCUCAUCAUGUUUUUGCAAGGUCAAACAGGAGGAGAAAAUGUACCUGCAGCCAAUGUUCCUGUGGCACCUGGUGAGAAUUCAGUCCCUGUAUAUACCAUUGGCCCUCAUCCAGGCAGAAACGAAGUUUAUCCUACACCACCAGUCGGUUAUGUACCACCUCAGGUCCCGAUGGUCAUGCCAGUCCCAGACAGACCCCUGGGCUGUCCUCCGGGUCUAGAGUACCUAACCCAGGUUGACCAGCUUCUAAUUCAUCAGAAAGUGGAACUAAUGGAAGUUCUCAUGGGAUGGGAGACCAAAAAUCAAUAUGUGGUGAAAAAUAGUUUAGGGCAGCAGGUGUUUUUUGCUGCUGAGGAGAGUGAUUUCUGUACUCGUAUGCUCUGUGGAUCGGUUCGCUCCUUCCUGCUCCAUAUCCAGGAUAACAUGGGACAGGAAGUGAUGACUUUAUCCCGUCCCCUUAACUGCAGUAGUUGUUGCUUCCCUUGCUGUCUACAAGAGCUGGAGGUUCAGAGCCCUCCGGGCAGCCCUAUUGGUUAUGUAAUGCAAAGCUGGCAUCCUUUCCUGCCAAAGUUCACUGUUCUGAAUGAGAGAAAAGAACCCGUUCUGAAGAUUGUGGGACCAUUCUGUGACUGCAAAUGUUGUUCUGAUGUUAUUUUUGAGGUGAUGUCAAUGGAUGAGUCCUCAGUGAUUGGUCGAAUUAGCAAACAGUGGACAGGAUUUGAGGCAGAAGCGUUUACUGAUGCAGACAACUUUAGCUUACAAUUUCCAAUGGAUUUGGAUGUGAAAAUAAAAGCAGUUCUAUUAGGAGCCUGCUUUCUUAUUGAUUUCAUGUAUUUUGAGCACACUCAAAAUCAAGAGUAAGACCAUCCUGGAGCUUUGUUCACAUUUGAUUACAUCAUGUAUUUCUUUUGAAAUACAAAUGCUGUUUAGUUUUCUCUUUGAAAUUUUAACUCAAAAUUAUGUGGAUCAUAGUCAGAAUUUUCCCCAAUUACAAUACCAUAGUGUAAAAACAUCCAGUUAUCUCAUCCUCACUAACAAUUCUUCCAGUUUUCUUCCACCCUCACAUCUUUUUCAUAUUAUAUAUACAGUACAGUUCAAAAGUUUGGAACCACUAAGAUUUUUAAUGUUUUUAAAAGAAGUUUCGUCUGCUCAC